UGAUUUUUACCUUUAAUGCUGUAUCAUUGAGUACUUUUUUCAUAUAAAUUCGAAUUAAGAACUUAUACGUUUUAAAAUUUUAAUAGCCUGAUUUUCGCAUAACUACUUGAAAAACCCACAUUAAAGUUUUGCAAUUGAUUUUUGAGAGCCCCUAUUGCUAGCCCUUCCCUAUAAUUAAAAAUUAAAUUUUAUAAUGCUCAUCAAUCAUUGAAAGUUACAGUUUCUUACCUUAUUAAACUCUUCGAAACUUUUUCAGAACACUCUGUAUAACAAGAGUAUAAUCUGUAUCUCUGUAUAAUCCUGGCGUUUCCUACAAAGAAGUGUUCACUGUACUUCAUACAAAAUCUAUAGAUCUUCCACCCUGUAUAACUGGGUGACCAAGCAUUUUCAGACUCAUGUUAAUUAGAACUUUUUUUCUUCUUUUGAAGAGAGGAAUUACGCUCUGACUUAUGGGCACCUUUUUUUAGAACACCUUUAUAAUUCUGAAAUGUUUUGAAAUAUCUUUAUAGUUUGAGAUGUCUAAUGGACUCUUCAUUCAUUGUUCUCAGAUAAAAAUGUGGACAAUCAUAAAGACAGAUGCAAAUGAAUAUGAUUGCGUGCCAAAUUCUUGGCUUGUGGAUAGUACCACCUGCAGGUACCCAGAUAGGAGUCCAAAUACCUUGAAAAGAUUGGCAAGAGACCUGGUUGCUCCUGAUGACAGCUGGAAUAUUAUAAACAUGGAAAUCGUCCAACGAGACCUAGAAAACUACGAUAGGUGCAUGAUCGAUGUUGUAAGACUUUCCAAGGGAAAGUGCACUCUAACAGAGUCAGAAAAGGAGAACAGAGGAAAAAGUUUCCGCGAUAAAAAAAGAAAGAAAAUUAGUCACGGAGAAAACGAGUCCUUGAGCUCAGAAGGAGAAGAUCAGGAAAAAGUUUCCAUGAACAAGAGGAAAAGAAACAGAAUGGCAUUAGGCCGACUGGUCAAACAGUAGUCGAACAUCAGAGCCUGCAAGAAGCAACCCAUAAUAAGCUUUGCCACUUGCGCAAUAGUGUGCACUAUUGUGUUCAAAAAGAGGGAAAAAUUGAUACCAACACAAUGGCCGAUGGUCUAUGUGCGUUGUCUCGAAGUAUGAAUUUAAUGAAAAAUCAUUUUACGGAGCAAUUCGAAACCAUUAAGAGCCAGAUAGCCGAGAUGACUGCUGAACUAAUGAAGAGUGGCAAGCCUUCGACAGUGGAUAAUAUGCCACCAGUUUCGGAUGAAGAAACCGACAAAUUGGUCGGAGAAUGGUUUCCUCUGUCGAAUUUUGAAAAAUUUGAGGAGAUGGAAAUUCAGUUGAAGAACGCUGAUUUCCGGGAGAAAAUUGUUCGUGCUUUGACGACUCUUGGGGCUGGCAGUACCAACAUUUCUAGGGCCCUGACAUGGAUGCUGCGAAACUCCAUGUCAGCGGAUUUAACUUCCAUGUUUUCGUGGAGUGGCCAGAAAAAAAUGACAUUGAAGAAAAUGGCAUUCAACGAGACAAACUUCCAAAAAGUUUUAUUCAGCGCAGUACGGAGGAGGUUCAAGGUGUCAGACGAAAAAAUUGAAAAAUCGAUGAAAACUUGGUUGCAGCAAACAGCUUAUGACCUACUGUAAGUUUAUAAACAUAUGCUUCCACCUCAGUCAUCAUAACUACAGCCCCUGACCCACAGAAUAAUCUUGGUCUAACCCAAUAUACCUAGAAUACAUACCCAUCAGAAUGUAUUCUAGGUACUUUGGUGCAACCCAACGUUAUUAGACGAAAGGUUGAUCACUCACAGGUGUAUGAUUCAAAGUGGUGGGGGGAACGCCAGCGUGACGUCACGUGUAGUAAAAAUGUGAUAGAGUAACUA